AUUUCAUAAGAUCAACCAAGGUUACAAGCCAAAAGCGUACAUCAAGAAACUUUUAUUCUCAUAGUAGUUAAGGUGGAUCCAAAUAUUGUAUUUCCUUUCCUUUGUACAAGUUCAAUCCUAGAUAGUUACUAUAGCAAUUAGAUCUAUAUUUUUAGCAUGAUCCAUGGCUCAACUAUUGGUAACUGAUGUGCCAGUAGUUGAUGGUAUUAUGGACAUUGAAAAUUAUGCACCUGACAUGGUGUAUGUGGAACCUGAGAAGGAAAAACAUGAGGAGCAGAAUGUGUUGUCGAUGCCAGAGGCCAAAAUCACCAAGUUGGAAGAAGGUAAACAUACGAAAGCUGGAGAAGGAAAUGAGUUUCAUCAAGAGGAGCUAGAAUACUCAGCAGAGAAUCCAAUAACAGCGGGGUCAAUUGAGGUGAGUGAUUUAGCCUUAAGUUCAAUUCAAUCUAUUCAAUGUGAAGAGAGUGAUCAAUUGAAAUUACUGAGAACUUAUGUGGAAAGCGAUGGCAUGACAAUAGUAGAAGCUAAAAUACAGAAAGAGCAAUCAUCUCCAAAGGAUAUUGAAGUUGAGGUGGUCGGAUUACAAGACAUAAGUGGCCUUAAAUUGGAGCUGGAUGUUUUGGGACUGGAAGAACAAAAUAUUAGAUGCUCACAGGUCGAAAAAUUUCAGGAUAAAACCGAAUUUGUAGCUGACAAGUACCAUGAGCGACAUCUUGAUCAUGUUGAAUUGGUAGUCCCAGGUAACGAUAAGGAACAUGAUGCAUUAUAUGUAGUAGAGCCUAGUGCUAGCUUGUUGGAUGAUGAAGGAACUAAUUUUGUAGAAGAUGAUAAGUUGGCACAUGCUAAGCUGGAGUCAUUGCUGAAAAAUGUAAGUGAAAACAGGGUGGAGUCCCUAGUGCAAGCAGAGGCCAAUACAAAUGAAACUGAGUUGCUAGAACCAGAUAUGAAGAGCAAUGCUGACCUAAAGGCAAUACGGAUUGUCAAAUUCAAAGAAAGUGAUGAUAUGAAAUUAUGCAAAGAAGAUUGCAUUAGUGAUUGUUUUGCAAUGGAAGAAGAUGACAUGAUAAAAGCGACAUCAACAGUAAAUGACAAUGGGGUAAGUGUUGUAAUUCAUGAAGCUAAAGAUGAUAACAAAAAUGUCUUUGAAGAUCAUGGAAUGAUAGAGGAUAAAACUUACAUUGUGCCUCAAAAGUACUUUGAGCCAGAAAAGUUUUCUAUAGAAUUUAAAAAUUUGAAUGGUGAAGUAGAGGAGGACAAGCAAAAGGAAAUACUUGUGCUACAGGAUAAAAGCAACAUGAUGCAAGAUAAGAAAGAUCAAAACAAUUUGGAGCAGACAAACUCAAAUGGAGGUGAGGAGGAAUUGCAAGUGAAAGAUAAGGAUUUAGUGGCAUUGGAGGUGGAGGAAAGUGAGCUUAAAGUUACAGGGUUAGUUGCAGUGAGUGAUAUUGAGUUAAGAACAACUGAAGCUAUUCGAUGUGAAGAGAGUGACCGAGUGAAAUUGACGAGAGAUGAUUUGGAAAGCGAUUGUUCGGCUGUGCAUACAGACAAGGUGCUAAGAGAUGCAUCUCUGGGAAAGAACUUUGAGGAAAGUGGUGCAAACCUAGCAGCUGCAGACGAUGACAAAAAUCAUAUAGUGGAUUGGGGGAUGAAAGAAGAAAACUCUAUAAGUUUGCAAGUAGAGACGAUUGAGGAUAAAACUAACUUUAUGCCAGAAAAGUUCAGUGAGCUAGAAAAGGUUUAUACAGGAUGUGAAAAGUUAAAUAACAAAAAAGAAGAGCAGGAGGAAAAUGACAAAAUUAAUACACUAAAAGAUGAGAAAGACCAUAAUACUUUUGAGCACACAGAUUCUAUCAAAGGAGAGGUGCAAUUGCCGGAUAAAGAUAAGAAUUUAGUGACAUUAGAGGCAGAGGGAAGUGUGCUUGAAGUUAUGCAUUCAGUUUCACUGAGGUAUGCUGAGUUAAGGUCAAUUGAAACUCUUCAAGGUGAAGAGGGUGAUGGGGUCAAAUCAAUGGAUGAUUUUUUGAAAAGUGAUUGCAUGAUAGUACAAGCAAAUGUGCACAAUGAGCUAUCAACUCCAACGAAUGUUGAUGUUGAGGAAGUUGACCUACAAGAUGAUGAGACAUUCUAUAUAGGAGAGCCCAAAGCUGUUAAAUUGGAAGAUGUGAACGAAACCAACAUUGAAGAGGAUGAUAAGAUGGUUCUUGAGGAGGUUGAGUCACCGAUAAAAAAUGACAAUAAGACGGUUCUUGUGGAGGUGGAGUCACCAGUGAAAAAUGUUUGUUUGGAAACAUUAGAAACUGAGAGAGACAUUUUGUCAGAAGAUGAGAAAGAGAUGGAAGUUGGACAUGUUAAUGAAUGCAGUGAAAUUGAGGUGGGAUUAAUGGUAAAAGAAGUUGUCAACAAAAUUGAAUUAGAGGAGGCUGACUCAGAAACAAAGAGCAAUGUUGACAAAAAACCCAUUCAAAUUCUUCAAUUUGAACAUAUGGAUGAAGCAGAAUUUGGUGCCGAUGAUUCGAAAAGUAACUAUUUGGCCGUGAAUGCAGACAAUGUGCAAAGAGAUGCAUCUCUAAGAAAGAACAUUGAGGAAAGUAGUGCAAGCCUAGAUGGUGCAGAUGAUGAAAAAAAUGAUAUGGCAUAUUGCGGGAUGAAAGAAGCAAACACUAUGAGCUUGCAUGUAGAGACGAUGGAGGAGAAAACUAAUUUUACGCCUGAAAAGUCUAGUGUGCCAGGAAAGAAUUAUACAGAAUUUGAAAAGCUCAAUGACGAAGGAGAAGAGGAGGAGCAAAAUGACAAAAUCGUUACACUAAAAGAUGAGAAAGACCAUAACACUUUUGAGCACACAUACUCAAUAGGAGGAGAGGUGGAAUUGUUGGUGAAAGAUGAGAAUUUAGUGAUGUUGGAAGCAGAGCGAAGUGUGCCUGAAGUUAUGGAUAUAAUUGCAGUGAGUGAUGCUGAGCUAAGGUUAAUAGAACAUCCUCACUGUGAAGUGACUGAUGCAGUGAAAUCGGCGGGAGAUUAUUCGGAAAGUGAUUACAUGAUAUUAGAAGGUAAUCUGCACAAUGAGCCGUCAACUCCAACAGAUGUCGGGGUUGAGACUGUAGACCUACAAGAUGAGACGUUCUAUAUAGGAGAGCCCAAAGCAACUAAAUUGGAAGAUGAGGAUGAACCCAAUACUGAAAAAAAUGAUAAGAUGGUUGUUGGGGAGGUGGAGACACCGAUGAAAAAUGUUAGUUUGGAAUCAUUGGAAACUACGGAAAAUAUUACUUCAGAAGAUGAGAACGAAAUAAAAGCUGGACAUCUUUGUGAAUCCAGCGAAAAUGAUAUCAGGUUUCCGGAGAAAGAAGAUACCAACAAGAUUGAUUUAGAGGUGGCUGAUUCAGUUAUGGAGGGCUAUGAUGACCAAAAGCCAAUUAAAAUUCUUCAAUGGGAACAUAUGGAGGAAGCAGAAUAUAGCACUGCUGAUUCAAAAAGUGACCUUUUGACCAUGUAUGCAGACAAGGUGCAAAGAGAUGCAUCCCGGGGAAUGAAUGUUGAGGAAAGUGGUGCAAGCCUAGAAGGUGUAGACGGUGGAAAAAAUGAUGUGGCAAAUUGGGGGGUGAAAGAAGGAAAUAAUUUAAUUUUGCAAGUAGAAACAAUGGAAGAAGAAAUUAACUUUAUGUCUGAAAAGUUCAGUGAUCCUAAAAAGUUUUAUACAAGAUUUGAAAAAGAAAAUGACAAAAUAGAAGAGCAAGAGGAAAACGACAAAAGUAGCACACUAAAUGAUAAGAAAGACGAGAACACUUUAGAGCACACCGACUCAGUCGGAGGAGAUGUGAAAUUGCUUGUGAAAGACGAGAGUUUGGUGACAUUGGAGGCAAAGGCAAGUGCUCUUGAAGUUAUGGAUUUAGUUUUGGUUAGUGAUGUUGAGUUAAGUUCAAAUGAAACUCUUCAAUGUGAAGAGAGUGACGGAGCUAAAUCGACAGGAGAUUAUUUGGAGGAUGAGCCAUCAACUCCAACAGAUGUUAAGGUUGAGGAAGUCAACCUACAAGAUGAGACAUUCUAUAUAAAAGAGCCCAAAGUUGCUAAACUAGAAGAUGAGAUGGAAACCAAUACUGAAGAAAAGGAUAAGAUAAUUGUUGUGGAGGUGGAGUCACCAGUAAAACAUUUAAAUUUGGAAACUGGGGAAAAUAUUAAAUUAGAAGACGAGAAAGAGAUGGAAGUUGGACAUCUUAAUAAAUCUAGAGGAAAUGAGAUGGAGUUCCUAGUGAAAGAAGAUGCUAAAAUAACUGAAUUAGCACAAACCAACUUAGAUAUAAAGAACAAUGCUGACCAAAGGGCCAUUCAAAAUAUUCAAUGUAUAAAUAUGGAUGAAGCAGAAUUUGUUACUGAUGAUUUGAAAAGUGACUGUUUGGCUAUGCAUGCAGACAAUGUGCAAAGAGAUGCAUCCCUGACAAAGAACAUUGAGGAAAGUAGUGCAAGCCUAGAAGGCGCAGAUGAUGAAAAAAAUAAUAUGGCAGAUUGCAGGAUGGAAGUAGGAAACACUAUGAGUUUGCAAGUAGUGACAAUGAAGGAGAAAACUAACUUUAUGCUUGAAAAUUCUAGUGUGCAAGAAAAUGAUAAUACAGGAUUUGAAACGCUUAAUGACAAAAGAGAGGAGCAGGUGAAAAAUAUCAAACUUAAUCCACUAAAAGAUGAGAAUAACCAUAAUACUUUUGAGCACACAUACAUAAUUGAAGGAAAUGUGGAAUUGCAUGUGAAAGAUGAAAAAUUAGUGACAUUGGAGACAGAGGGAAGUGAGCUUGAAGUUAUGGAUACAGUUUUAGUGAGUGAUGCUGAGUUAAGGUUAAUGGAACCUCCUCAAUGUGAAGAGAUUGAUGCAAUGAAAUCGACGGGAGAUUUUUCGGAAAGUCAUUGCUUGAUAUUAGAAGCUAAUGUGCGCAAUGAGCCGUCAACUUCAACAGAUGAUGUGGUUGAGGCUGCUGACCUACAAGAUGAGACCUUUUAUAUAGAAGAGCCCAAAGAAGCUAAAUUGGCAGAUGAAAACAAUAAGAUGGUAACUGUGGAGAUGGAGUCACUAGUGAAAAAUCUAAGUUUGGAAUUAUUGGAAAGUGAGAAAAAUGUUAUGUUAGAAUAUGAGAAAGAGAUGAAAGUUGGACAUGUUGGUCAAUCCGAUGAAAAUGAUGUGGGAUUACUUGUGGAAGAAGAUGCCAAGAAAAUUAAGUUAGAGGAGGCUGACUCAGAUAUAAAGAGCAAUGUUGACAAAAAGGCCUUUCAAAUUCUUCAAUGCGAAUAUAUGGAUGAAGCAAAAUUUGGCACUGUUGAUUCGAAAAGUAAUUAUUUGGCCGUGCAUGAAGAUAAUGUUCAAAGAGAAGCAUCCCUGACAAACAACGUUCAGGAAAGUAGUGCAAGCCUAGAUAGUGCAGACGAUGAAAAAAAUGAUAUAGCAGAUUGCGGGAUGAAAGAAAGAAACACUAUGAGUUUGCAAGUAGGGAUGAUGGAGGAGAAUACUAACUUUAUACAAGUACAGUCUAGUGGACUAGAAAAGGAUUGUACAAGAUUUGAAAAGUUGAAUGAUAAAAGAGAAGAAGAAGAGAAAAAUGAGAAAACUAAUACACUUAAAGAAGAAAAAGACCAUAACACUUUUGAGCACACAUACUCAAUUGGAGAAGGGGUGGAACUGCUGGUGAAACAUGAGAAUUUAGUGACUUUGGAGGCAGAGGGAAGUGUGCUUGAAGUUAUGGAUACAAUUUUAGUUAGUCAUGCCAAGUUAAGGUUAAUGGAACCUCCUCAAUGUGAAGAGAUUGAUGCAAUGAAAUCGACGGGCGAUUAUUUGGAAAGUUAUUGCACUAUAUUAGAAGCUAAUGUGCAGAAUAAGUCGUCAACUCCAACAAAUUUUGAGGUUGAGGUUACUGACCUACAAGAUGAGACGCUCUAUAGAGGAGAGCCCAAAGCAUCUAAAUUGGAAGACCAUAGUGAACCCAAUACUGAAGAAAAUGAUAAGAUGGUUGUUGUGGAGGUGGAGUCACCGCUGAAAAAUGUACGUUUGGGAUCAAUGGAAACUAGGGAAUAUAUUACUUUAGAAGAGAAAGAGAUGGAUGUUGGGCAUCUUGGUGCAUCCAGUGGAAAUGAUUUCCAGUUUCUAGAGAAAGAAGAUACUCACAAAAUUGAAUUAGUGGAGGCUGAUUCAAGUAUAAUGUGCAAUGAUGACCAAAAGCCAAUUAAAAAACUUCAAUGGGAACAUAUGGAGGAAGCCAAACUUGGCACCACUGAGAGAAGUGCGCUCGAAGUUAUGAAUUCAGUUUUGGGGAGUGAUGUUGAGUUAAGUUCAAUUGAAACUCUUCAAUGUGAAGAGAGUGACCGAGCUAAAUUAACGAGAGAUUAUUUAGAAUGUGAUUGCGUGAUAGUAGAAGCUAAUGUGCAAGAUGAGCCAUCAACUCCAACAGAUGUUGAGGAUGAGGAAGUUGACCUACAAGAUGAGACGUCCUAUAUAGGAGAGUUCAAAGAUGCUAAACUGGAAGAUGAGAAGGAAACUAUUAGUGAAGAAAUCAAUAAGAUGGUUGCUGUGGAGGUAGAGUCAUCGGUAAACAAAUUAUGUUUGGAAACUACGGAAAACAUUACAUUAGAAGACGAGAAACAGAUGGGAGUUGGACAUCUUGAUAAAUCCAGUGGAGAUGAGGUGUUCUCGGUGAAAGAACUUACCAAAAAAAGUGAAUUAGUGCAUGCCAACUUGGAUAUAAAUAACAAUUCUGAGCAAAAGGCCAUUCAAAAUCUUCAAUGCAUAAAAAUUGAUGAAGCAGAACUUGUUGCCGUUGAUUCGAAAAGUGACUGUUUGGCCGUGCAUGCAGGCAAUGUGGAAGUAGAUGCAUCCAUGACAAAGAACAUUGAGGAAAGUGGUGCAUGCCUAGAAGGUGCAGACAAUUCAAAAAAUGAUGUGGUAGAUUUCAGGAUGAAAGAAGGAAACAAUAUGAGUUCCCAAGGUGAGACGAUGGAGGAGAAAACUAACUUUAUGCUUGAAAAGUAUAGUGUUUCAGAAAAAGAUCUGAAAAGAUCUGAAAAGCUCAAUGACGUAGAAGAAGAGCAGGAGGAAAAUGACAAAACUAGCACACUUAAAGAAGAGAAAGACCAUAAUACUUUUGAGCACGCAUACUCAAUCAGAGGAGAGGUGGGAUUGCUGAUGAAAGAUGUGACUUUAGUGACUUUGGAGGUAGAGGGAAGUGCACUCAAUAUUCUAGAUUCAGCUUUAGUGAGUGAUGAUGCGUUAAGGUUAAUGGAAACUCCUCAAUGUGAACAGAGUGAAGGAGUGAAAUCGACAGGAAAUUAUUUGGAAAGUAAUUGCGUGACAGAAGAAGCUAAUGUGGACAAUAAGCCAUCAACUCCAAUAGAUGUUGAGGUUGAGGUUACUAACCUACAAGAUCAGAUGCUAUGUAUAGGAGAGCCUAAAGCAGCUAAAUUGGAAGACCAGAAUGAACCCAAUACUAAAGAAAACAAUAAGAUGGUUGGUGUGGUAGUUGACUCACCAGAGAAACAUACAAGUUUGGAAACAUUGGAAACUAGGGAACAUGUUACUUCAGAAGAUGAGGAAGAGAUAGAUGUUGGACAUCUUGGUGAAUCCAGUGGAAAUGAUACAGGGUUUCUAGACAAAGAAGAUACUAAUAAAAUUGAAUUACAAGAGGCCGAUUCAGGUAUACAGUGCAACGAUGACCAAAAGCCAAUUAAAAUUCUUCUAUGGGAACAUAUGGAGGAAGCCGAACUUGGCACCGCUGAGGGAAGUACGCUUGAAGUUACGGAUUCAGUUUUGGUGAGUGAUGUUGAGUUAAGUUCAAUUGAAACUGUUCAAUGUGAAGAGAGUGACGGAUCUAAAUCGACAGAAGAUUAUUUUGAAAGUGAUUGUAUGAUGGAACAAGCUAAUGUGCAGGAUGAAUCUUCAACUCCAACAUAUGUCGAGGUUGAGGAAGUUGACCUACCAGAUGAGACGAGCUACAUAGGAGAUCCCAAUUCUGCUAAACUGGAAGAUGAGAAGCAAACCGUUACUGAAGAAAACGAUAAGAUGGUUAUUGUGAAGGUGGAGUCAUCGGUAAAAAAUUUGAGUUUGGAAGUUGCGGAAAACAUUACAUUAGAAGACGAGAAAGAGAUGGAAGUUGGAAAUCUUGGUAAAUCCAGUGGAGAUGAGGUGUUUCCGGUGAAAGAAGAUGCCAACAUAACUGAAUUAGCGCAAGCCGGCUCGGAUAUAAAGAAAAAAUCUGGGCAAAAGGCCAUUCAAAAUCUUCAACGCAUAGAAAUGGAUGAAGCAGAAUUUGUUACUGUAGAUUCAAAAAGUGACUGUUUGGAUCUGAAUUCUGGCAGUGUGCAAAUAGAUGCAUCCCUGACAGAGAACAUUGAGGAAAGUGUUGCAAGCCUAGAAGGUGCAGACAAUGCAAAAAAUGUUGUGGUAGGUUGCUGGAUGAAAGAAGGAAAUACUAUGAGUAUGCAAGUAGAGAUGAUGGAGAAAACUAACUUUAUGCAUGAAAAGUCCAGUGUGCCAGAAAACAUUUAUACAAUAUUUGAACAGAUGAAUGAUGAAGGAGGAGAGGAGGAGGCAAAAGAAAAAACUAACACACUAAAAGAUGUGAAAGACCAUUAUACGUUUGAUCACACAAACUCGAUCGGAGGAGAGAUGGAAUUGCUUGUGAAAGAUGAGAAUUUAGUGACAUUGGGAGCAGAGGGAAGCGCGCUUGAUUUUCUGGAUUCAGUUUUGAUGAGUGAUACUGAGUUAAGGUUUGUUGAACCUCUUCAAUAUGAAGAGAGUGAUGGAGUGGAAUUGACGGGAGAUUACUCAAAAAUUGAUUGCGUAAUAGUAGAUGCUAAUGUGCAUAAUGAGCCGUCAACUCCAAUAGAUGUGGAGGUUGAAGCUACUGACCUACAAGAUGAGACAUUCUAUAUUGGACACCCCAAAGUUGCUAAAUUGGAAGACGAGAAUGAAACCAAUACUAAAGAAAACAAUAAGAUGGUUGGUGUGGAGGUUGACUCACCGUUGAAAAAUAUAAGUUUGGAAACAAUGCAAACUAGGAAAAAUGUUAUAUUAGAAGAUGAAGAAGAGAUAGAAGUUGAUCAUCUUAUUGAAUCUAGUGGAAAUGAGGUGGGGUUCAUCGGAGGAGAGGUAGACUUGUUGGUGGAAGAUGGGAAUUUAGUGACAUUAGGGGCAGAGGAAAGUGCGCUUGAAGUUAUGGAUUCAGUUUCGGUGAGUUAUGCUGAGUUAAGGUCAAUUAAAACUUUUCGAUGUGAAGAGAGUGAUGGGGUCAAAUCGACAAAAGAUUAUUUAGAAAGUGAUUGCAUGAUAGUACCAUCUGAUGUGCACUAUGAGCUUUCAUCUCCAAGGAAUGUGGAGGUUGAGGCAGUUGACCUACGAGAUGAGACAUUCUAUAUAGGAGAGACCAAAGCUGCAAAACUGGAAGAAAAGAAUGAAACCAACACUAAAGAAGACGAUAAGAUGGUCCUUGUGGAGGUGGAGUCGCCGGUGAAAAACGAAGAUAAGACGGAUCUUGUGGAGCUAGAGUCAUUUGUGAAAAACGUAAGUUUAGAAACAUUUGGAACAGAGGAAAAUACUAUGUCAGAAUAUGUGAAAGAGAUGGAAGUUGAACAUUUUGAUGAAUCCAAUGAAAAUGAUCUAGGAUUCCUUGUGAAAGAAGAUGCCCAAAAUAUUGAGUUAGAGGAGAUCAACUCGGAUAAAAAGAGCAAUGCUGACAAAAUGAGCAUUCAAAUUCUUCAAUUGGAACAUAUUGAUGAAACAGAAUUUGGCACUGAUGAGUCAAAAAGUGAUUGUUUGUCCGUGCAUUUAGGCAAGCUGCAAAGAGAUUCAUCCGGGAGAAAUAAUGUUGAGGAAAGUGGUGCAAGCCUAGACAGUGCAAACGAUGAAAAAAUUGAUAUGGCAGAUCACGGGAUGAAAGAAGGAAACGUUGUGAGUUUACAAGUAGACAUGAUGGAGGUGAAAACUAACUUUAUGCCUAAAAAGUGUACUGUGCCAGAAAAGGAUUAUACAGGAUUUGAAAACCUUAAUGAUGAAGGAGAAGAGCAGGAGGAAAAUGACAAAAGUAACACACUAAAAGAUGAGAAACACCAUAAUACUUUUGAGCUCAAAGACUCAGCCGGAGAAGAGGUGGAAUUGCGUGUGAAAGGUGAGAAUUUAGUGACAUUGGUAACAGAGGGAAGUGCGCUUGAAGUUAUGGAUUCAAUUUUGGUAAGUGGUGUUAAGUUAAGGUUAAUAGAACCUCUUCAAUGUGAAGAGAGUGAUGGAGUGGAAUUGAUGGAAGAUUAUUCGGAAAGUGAUUGCAUGAUAGAAAAUGCUAAUGUGAACAAUGAGUCGUCAACUCCAAUAGAUGUUGAGGUUGAGACUGCUGAUAUACAAGAUGAAACGUUCUAUAUAGGAGAGCCCAAAACAUCGAAAUUGGAGGAAGGGAAUAAAACCAAUACGGAAGAAAACGAUAAAAUUGUUGUUGUGGAGGUGGAGCCACCAGUGAACAAUUUAAGUUCAGAAACACUGGAAACUAGGGAGAAUAUUACGACAAAAGAUGAGGAAGAGAUGGAAGUUGGGCAUCUUAAUGAAUCUAGUGGAAUUGAGGUAGGGUUCCUCGUGAAGGAAGAUACCAACAAAAUAAAAUUAUUGGAGGCCGACUCAAAUAUAAAGAGCAAUGCUGACAAAAAAGACAUUCAAAUUCUUCAAUAUGAACAUACGGACGAGUCAGAAUUUGGCACUAAUGAUCCGAAAAGUGACAGUUUGUUCGUUCAUGUAGACAUGGUGCAAAGAGAUGCAUCCCUAGGAACGAACAUUGAAGAAUGUGGUGCAAGCCUAGAAGCUGCAGACAAUGAGAAAAAGGAUAUGGCGGAUUGUGGGAUGAAAGAAGGAAACACUACAAGUUUGCAAGUAGAGACGAUGGAAGAGAAAACUAACCUUAUUUCUAAAAAGUCCAGUGUGCCAGAAAAAGUUUAUACAGGAUUUGAGAAGCUAAAUGAUGAAGCAAAAGAACAGGAGGGAAACAAUAGAAGUAAUACACUAGAACAUGGUAAAGAUAAUAAUACGUUUGAGCACACGAACUCAAUCAGAGGAGAGGUGGAAUGGCUGGAAAAAGAUAAUAAUUUAGUGACAUUAUUGACAGAGGGAAGUGCGCUUGAAGUUAUGGAUUCAGUUUCGGUAAGUGAUGAUGAGUUAGGGUCAAUUGAAACUCUUAAAUGCGAAGAGAGUGAUGGGGUUAAAAUGACGAGAGAUUAUUUGGAAAGUGAUUGCUUGCAAGUGGAAGCAACUUUGAAAAAUGAGGCAUCAACUCCCACGAAUGUUGAAGUUGAGACUGUCGACCUACAACAUGAUAAAUUCUAUAAAAGAGAGCCCAUAGCUACUAAGUUGGAAGAUGAGAAUGAAACCAUCGUUGAUGAAAAUACGGUUUUUACAGAGGAGGGGAUACCGAUGGAAAAUGUAAGUUUAAAAACAAUUGAAACAGGAGAAAUCAUUAUGUCAGAAGAUAAGGAAGACAAUAAAGUUGGACAUGUUGAACCGAGUGGAAAUGAGGCAGGACUCAUAGAGAAAGAAGAUGCCAACGGAAUUGAAUUUAAGAAUGUUGAGUCAGACAUAAGAAGCAAUGCUGACCAAAAGGACAUUCAAAUUCUCCAUUGCGAAUAUGUGGAUAAGGAAACUAACUUUACGUCUAAAAAGUUCAACAAGCUAGAAAAAGUUUAUAUAGAAUUUAAGAAGUUGAAUGAUGAAGUAGAAGAGGAGAAAAAUGAUAAAAGUAACAUACCAAAAGAAAAGGAAGAUAGAUUUACCGUUGGUCACACUGAGGAAAGUGUGCAUGAAGUUAUGCAAUCGGUUUUGGUGAGUGAUGCUGACUUAAGGUCAAUUGAAACUCUUCAAUGUGAAGAGAGUAAUGGAGUGAAAUCGACGGGAGAUUAUUUGGAAAGUGGUUGCAUCAUAGUUGAAACUAAUGUGUGCAAUGAGCCGUUAGCCCCAAAGGAUGUUGAGGGUGAGGUAGUUGACCUACAAGAUGAGACAUUCUAUAUUGGGGAGCCCAAAGCUACUAAAUCGGAAGAUCAUAAUGAAAACAACACCGAAGAAGAAGAUAAGAUGGUUUUUGCGGAGGUGGAGUCACCGGUGAAAAUUGAUGAUGAGAUGGUUCUUGCGGAUGUGGAGUCACCAAUGAAAAAUGUAAGUUUGGAAACAUUGAAAACUGAGGAAAACAUUAUGUUAGAAGAUGAGAGAGAGAAGAAUACUUCUGAGCACACUGACUUAAUCCGUGCAGAGGUUGAAUUGUUGGUGAUAGAUGAGAAUUUAGUGACAUUAGAGGCAGAGGGAAGAACGCUUGAAAUUAUUAAGUCAGUUUUGAUAAGUGAUGCUGAGUUAAGGUCAAUUGAAACUCUUCAAUGUGAGGAUAGUGAUGGAGCGAAAUCAACAGAAAAUUAUUCGGAAAGUGAUCACUUGAUAGUAGAAGCUAAUGUACACAUUGAGCCAUCCAUUCCAACAGAUGUUGAUGUUGAGGUAGUUGACUUACAAGAUGAUACGGUCUAUGUAGGAGAGCCCAGAGAUGCUAAGUUGGUAGGCGAGAAUAAAACCAAGAUGGAAGAAGAUGAUAUGAUGGUUCUUGCGGAGGUGGAGUCACCGGUGAAAAAUGUUAGUUUGGAAACAUUAGAAGCUGAGAAAGACAUUUUGUCAGAAGAUAAGGAACAUAUGGAAGUUGAACAUGUUCAAUCGCAUGAGAAUGAGACUGGAUUCAUAGUGAAAGAAGUCAACAAAAUUGAAUUUGAGGAGGCCGACUCAGAUGUAAGGAGCGAUGUAGACCAAAAGGCCAUUCAAAAUUUUCAAUUCGAACAUAUGGAUGAAGCAGAAUUUGGAAUUGAAGAUUUGAAUAGUGAUUGUUUGACCAUGCAUGAGGACAAGCUGCAAAGAGAUGCAUCUCGGGGAAAGAACCUUGAGGGAAGUGUUGCAAGCAUAGAAAGUGUAGACGAUGACAAAAAUGAUAAGGCGGAUUGCGGGAUGAAAGAGGGAAACACUAUAAGUUUGCAAGUGGAGACGACAGAGCAUAACACAAACUUUAUGUCGGAAAAGUCCAACAAGCCAGAGAAGAUUCAUACUGGGUUUGAAAAGCUAAAUGAUGAAGUAGAAGAACAGGAGGAAAAUGGCAAAAGUAACACACUGAAAGAUCAGAAAGAGAAUAAUACUUGUGAGUACACUGACUCAAUUGGUGGGGAGGUAAAUUUACUAGUGAUAGAUGAGAAUUUAGUGACAUUUGAGGAAGAGAGAAGUGUGCUUGAAGUUAUAGAGUCAUUUUCGGUGAGUGAUGCUGAGCUAAUCUCUAUUGAAACUCUUGACUGUGAACAAAGUGAAGGAGUGAAAUUGGCGAGAGAUUUUUCGAAAAGUGAUUGGAUGAUAAUAGAAGCUAAAGAGUAUAAUGAGCCAUCAACACAAAUGGAUGUUGAGGUUGAGACAGUUGACUUAGAAGAUGAAACGUUCCAUGUAGGGGAGCUCAGAGCUAGUAAGUCGGAACAUGACAAUGAAACCAUCAUUGAAGAAGACGAUAAGUUGAUUCUUGCAGAUGUGGAGUCGUCGGUGAAAAAUGUAACUUUGGAAACAUUGGAAACUGAGAAAAACACUAUGUUAGAAGAUGAGGAAGAGAUGGAAGUUGGACAUGUUGUUGAUUCAUGUGAAAAUGAGGUUGUAUGCCUAGUGAAAGAAGGUGGCAACAAAAUUGAAUUUGAGGAGACUAUUCAAAUUGUUCAACAUGUGGAAGAGAAAACUAACUUUGUGCCUGAAAAGUCCAGUGUGCCAGAAAAGGUUUUUACAGAAUUUGAAAAGCUGAAUGACGAAGUAGAAGAGCAUGUGGAAAAUGACAAAAAUAUCAUACUGAAAAAUAAGAAAGGUAGGAAUACUUUUGAGCACACAAACAAAAUUGGAGGAGAUAUACAAUUGUUAGUGAAAGAUAAGAAUUUAGUGACAAUGGAGGCUGAGAGAAAUGAGCUUGAAGUUGCGAAUUCAGUUGUGGUGAGUGAUCCUGAGUUAAGGUCGAUUGAAUCUUUUCAAUGUGGAGAGAAUGAUGGAAUGAAAUUGACAAGAAACUAUUUGGAAAGUGAUUGUAUGAUACUAGAAACUAAUGUGCACGAAGAGUCAUCAACUUCAAGUGAUGUUGAAGUUGAGGCAGUAAACCUACGAGAUGAUACUUUUCAUAUAAGGGAGUCCACAGCUGCUAAGUUGGAUGAUGAGAAUAAAACCAACACUGAAAAUAUAUCGGUCGUGAUGCCAAAUAAACUACAAAAAGAUGUGAAGCUUUCUCUCGGCAAGAAGAUCGUUUCCGAAAUCUCCCAAAAGCCAAUUAAUGAAGAUGUGGUGUUGUCAAGUGAACAAGCAAUGGAAGGAGAUAAGAAAAUAGAGCUAGACGCCAAUAUAGAAGGGAAUAUAGUUAGAAAUGAUAUAGAAAUGGUCACCCACAAUUGUGAAAUAUGUGACAAUUGUGCUAAUACAAUGGAAGAAGAUACAAAUGGAAGCUCCCAUAAUAGUCCAACACAUGUCAUGGAUAGCUCAAAUACUUUGAUAUAUAUUAUUAAGGAAGCAAUAACCGGUGAUGAGGAGGGCAUAGACUCUUCUAUAUUGGUGACAGAUCUACAGCAUGUAGCUAGUGGAUCUCAUGGAGGAAAUAUGUGCCCCAAGUAUUUUAGGAGUUCUGAAUCUAACUCUUCAUCUCGUACAUGCAUCUCCAGUUACAAUGAUACUAAGAUGGAAUAUAAUUUUACUGAUAUGACUGUGACGAAGAAAGAUAAGAAAUUGCAUCAGAAACUUGAGUUGAUUACAGAGAAGUUUCUAAACCUUUUGUCUAGAAUGGGAGCAAACACUAUGGAUUUUAAUCUUGAUCAUCAUCAUCAUAAGUCCUCUCAACAAUAUCAUGACAAUCAAAAGGAUUUGAGCUUCUCAUGCAAUAUACUUGUCCUAGGAAAGAUUGGGGUUGGUAAAAGUACAGUUAUAAAUUCCAUCAUGGGAGAAGAAAAAAACAAAAUUAAUGCUUUUGAUGGUGCUACUACUAAUGUGAGACUUGUUUCAAGUGUAGUGGAUGGCAUAAAGGUAAACAUUAUAGAUACCCCUGGACUCAGGACCAAUGUGAUGGACCAAGGAUGGAAUAAGAAGAUUCUUUCUACAGUCAACAGUUAUACCAAAAAAUGCCCCCCAGACAUUAUUUUAUAUGUGGACCGCUUGGAUAGUUGGAGUAAUCAUUUUGACGAUAUCCCUCUUCUAAAGACUAUUACUACUAUCUUGGGAACAUCAAUAUGGGUCAACACUGUUGUUACUUUUACUCAUGCUAAUUCUAUACCUCCUGACAACUCUAACGGCGAUCCCAUGACUUAUGAAACAUUUAUAGCACAAAGAUCUCAUAUUGUACAACAAUCCAUCCAACAAGCAACAGGCGAUAUGUGCCUAAUCAAUGCAUUUUCUUUUGUUGAAAACUACCUGUACUGCAAAAGGAACUGUCAAGGCAAGAAGGUGCUUCCCACUAUCCAAAAUUGGAGGAAAUAUUUGUUGAUCUUGUGCUACUCUACAAAGCCAAAGUAUCAACCAAAGGCAUCAAUUCAUCAUAAAGGCCUUAAAGAGGAUUCUUCUAUUGAAGUUGAUGACUACUCUGAGGUAUGUGAUGAUGAAUAUGAAUAUGGUCAGCUACCUACUUUGUGGCCUUUGAUGAAAGCACAAUUCGAUGAGUUGAUGAAGGAUAAGAACAAGGAUGAGUGUGCCUACCAUGUCAAGCUUAUCCAAGGGAUGCAAUUUAACGGAGUGACCCAAGGUAGUAUGCCUUGCGACAAUGAUCUAAAUCCUCUUCAAAAGAAUAGGAUGUCUCCAAUACUUAAUAUGGUAAUUGAACCAUCAUUUGACUUUGAUGAUCCUCCUACACAUCAAUAUAAUUUACUGGAGCCAACAUCAAUUAUUACUAGAAAGCAUGUUUUAGGUGCUCAUACAUGGGAUCACGAGUACAAUUUUGAUGGUGCUAGUCUUGAAAAAACUCUUGUGCUUCAUAAGCCUACAAAAUGCUUUGAAGCUACUUUAGUUGAAUUCUCUAAGGACAUGAAGAAAUCUAGAAUCCAUUUUAACUCUUCAUUCAGAUCAAAGCAUGUGGACGAUGCAUCACAUUGUCUGGGAUAUAACAUACAAAAUGCUUGGAAGAAACUUGCAUAUUGUAUUUGGGGUGAGACUACAACCAAGGAUACUAAGCACAAGACUGUUGGUGGACUUUCAGUAAUGUUCUUGGGUGACACUAUGCUUACUGGUGUGAAGAUUGAGGACUACAUUUCUGUUGGAGAAAGUCUAGCACUACUGGUAAGCAUAGGUACAAUGCAAGCUAAAGGAAACACUGCAUAUGGCGUUAACAUGGAGUCACGCCUGAAAAUAAAAUAUUAUCCAAUUAAUCGGUUAAUGUUGUUCUUCGGUUUAUCUCUGAUUAAAUUGCAUAGUGCAAUUGCUUUGGGCAUUAACUUGCAGUCACAAUACUUACUCAGAAGGCAUUCUAAGAUGGCACUUCACAUUGGCCUAAACACUCUGCGUAAUGGACAAAUCAAUCUAAAGAUGAGCACCUCAAAGAUGGUUCAGAUAGCACUCUUGGGGCUUGUUCCAUUGGCAACCUCCAUGUAUAAGAGCUUUGUCCAUUCCGCGGAGCAUAAUUAGCUUAUUAGGUGGUCAUGAGGGAAAACUAUUUUCUUUCUUUGUUAUUACUUCUUUCCAUCUUAGCAUAUUUUCCUAUUUACUCAACCCUACUUUUAUUUAUUUUCUUCGGAGGAUGUGUGGAGUUCUGCAGUUUAUAUUGUGCUGCCAAUGUAAAAUUGUAGUGCUUUUGUUGUAAUAUAAGCUUUUCUUAAAGUUGUCAUCUAUCACUAUUGAGUUAUGUGAGAUGUUUCACACUGUCAAA